AUGAAUAACAUUCUGGUAUUUAUUGGGGCAUUGCUAGAGGGUACGGCGAAGGUGGCUAAGUCAGCGGAGAUGUUGAUUGUUGGCAGAUUUGUGAUAGGUGUGAACAACGGACUGAACGCUGGGUUAGCACCAAUGUAUCUUGCAGAAAUAUCACCUGUCUCACUCAGAGGAUCGAUCGGUACAGUGUACCAAUUAGUUAUAACUAUAACUAUACUUUUGUCGCAAGUGCUUGGACUGUCGUCAGUGUUGGGCACGGAUGAGGGUUGGCCAUGGUUGCUAGCUUUAACUAUUAUACCAGCGGUGUUGCAAUGUAUUACACUACCAUUAUGCCCGGAAUCACCUAAAUAUUUACUGUUAAACAAGGCACAGGAGCUUCACGCUCAACGAGCUCUCAAUUGGCUCCGCGGCGACGUAGCUGUCCAUGGUGAAAUGGAAGAAAUGCAUCAGGCAUGUAUUACUGCUUUACCUACUGCUUGA